GCAAAGCAGAGCUUAAAGAACAAGCUAAAGCAGCCGUAACGCCGUCUCGUCUGAAUAUUCACGCACACUAAUCUAUACAAAUUAUACGCUGUAUGCCUAUGUGUAUGUCUAUAUAGAGAGAGGAAGAGAGAGUUGGGAAUGAAGGAUGAUUCAUUUGAAGCAGAAAAGGCAGCACCAUCAGCAGCAGAGGCCGAGGCUUGACCGACGGAACGCGAUAAAGAACAUUGAUUACGAUGCGGAUGCAAGCUCGUUUUCUUCACCUUCCUCCUCGUCGAAUUCAUUCGAUGAUCGAUCGGUCCACAAGACUCGAUCGCUUGACAUCUUUUCACUGUCUGAUCAGACCAGUUUCCGAGUCGAAGGAGUUGAUGGAGAAUUUGAUCGAAUUUGUAGAUCUUUAGGGCUUUCGGGGCCCGAGGACUUCUCGAUUCCCGUGGCGGCUUGGGAAGCUCGAAGGGCUUUGUCUCCUUCAAGUAAUUUGACCCUGGGGUUUAAUGAUCGCUCUGUUUCGGAUGUAUUAUCGCAACGAUUUGUAGAUGGGGUUAAGGUUAGUGAUGCUGAGUCCAAGGAUGAAGUUUAUUUGAAUUUGGAUAAAAGUGAAGCUUUGGUUAAUAACGUUAGCGAAAAUGAAGUUGAAAAUAAGCUGCUUAGUAAUGGUGGUUGGGGGAUUAAAGGCAUUAGGCCACCAAAAUUGUCACCUCCACCUGUAAUUACGCGGUCAUGUGUGGACAAUACGAGUUCUACAUGGGAUAUAUUUAGGGGUUUUGGUCCUCAAGAUGAUCGAAACUUGAAUUCACCUGUUAGUAGUUUGGUGGAUGAAUUUGAAGAAAAUGAGGAAGUUAAUAGGAGAGAAUUUGGAAAGCAAGAAGAAAUCGAGGAGGGUGUGAAUAAUGUGACCGCCGUUGGUAGGGAAUUGAGUUCAGAUUUAACAAACGACGAGAAUGAUGGUGAUUCUUCUAACUUGAUUGUGGAGACUAUAUACUCUGUCUCGCCAAACGGUUCGUUCAGGUGCAGUAUUAGCUCUUGGCAGAAAGGUGAAUUUCUCGGCAGUGGGUCAUUUGGAACGGUCUAUGAGGGCUUCACCGAUGACGGGUUCUUCUUUGCUGUAAAGGAGGUCUCUUUAGUUGACCCUAGCCAAGGCCAGCAAAGCCUUUUUCAACUUGAACAGGAGAUAUCUCUUCUAAGUCAGUUUCAACACAACAAUAUUGUUCGCUAUCUUGGUACUGACAGGGAUGAUGCCAAACUCUAUAUCUUCCUCGAGCUUGUAACUAAAGGCUCACUCGCGAGGCUGUACCAAAAGUAUCGACUACGAGACUCCCAAGUCUCUGCAUACACAAGGCAGAUUUUGAGUGGGUUGAACUAUCUCCAUUGCAAAGAUGUGGUCCACAGGGAUAUCAAAUGUGCCAAUAUAUUGGUAGAUGUAAGUGGUUCUGUGAAACUGGCAGAUUUUGGAUUGGCAAAGGCUACCAAACUGAAUGACAUAAAAUCUUGCAAAGGAACACCAUUUUGGAUGGCCCCGGAGGUCGUGAAGGCAAGGAACCAUGGCUAUGGCCAUUCCGCUGACAUAUGGAGCCUUGGGUGCACUGUUUUGGAGAUGUUAACUGGUCAAAUCCCGUAUUCUCACCUGGAAGGGAUGCAAGCUUUGUUCAGAAUUGGACGGGGUGAACUACCUCCUAUACCCGACACCUUAUCAAGAGAUGCUCAGGAUUUUAUUCUCAAAUGCUUACAAGUUAACCCUGAUGAUCGGCCUACAGCUGCUCAACUAUUGGAGCAUCCAUUUGUGAAGAAACCACCUUCAACAUUCCCGAGUCCUGUAUCUCCACACUAUUAUGGCAUGCGGUUGUAAAAGAACUUAAUGUUGAGAGAUUCGUUUAUUGAAGAUAGUGAGGAGACUAGUAUCACACAGCUUUAACUUCCAGAAGCAAGGAUGAUAUGUGAAGAGUGAUGCUAUCUGUUUCAACCACGUGUUGCUUUACAAGAACCCAUAAAUUCCGGCUUUCAUAGACCUUCUGUAAGACCAGGAUUGCAUCUUAUGAAGUACUUCAGCCGUGCUUGCGAGGGAUGUUCAUGCAGCUUAAAAUACACCAGGCGCAAUCUAUUUGGUAUUCGACAAUCAACAAAUUUUGCAUUGGAGGUCCAGGUUUAGUGCGACUGUUUUCAACUGGAUAUUUGAUAAGCUAAGUGAAUAGAAGGCAUCAUGGGGAAUUUGUUUAUACUAGUGCCAACCAGAAGCUAAAACUGCAUAAUCAGGAUUUGUUUUUGAUAAUUUAUUUGCUUACAUUACUGUGUGCUCCAUCAUUUUUUGGCAUUUGGUAUUCACUAUUCGGUAGAUGGUUAUUCUCGUAAGGACAAUUGUAAAUAGUAGUCAAUUUUGUAAAUAGCUUAGGCCAAACAAAUUGAGAUUGUUGUUAUUUCCAAUAUAUUUGUUUGUGUGCACGUGAGUAUGCAGUUUUUCUGUAAAUGCAUAAGACUUCCUAAA